AUGCCUUUCCAGUUUUCUUCUGGCUUAAUUUUAUUUAUGGACAUGGACGAUUCUUUGGCUUGUAGUGAUUUUGGUGACUGUAGAAGUAUAACCUCUAGUGCAGCAGCAAGCCUAGCAACCCACCAGCCUGAUCCAGUCAAGGCUGACGGAGAACAAAAUCCUAAUCUAACUGCUAAAAAAGAUCAAGAAAGUAUCUGCCCUAAAAAUCUGUUCAUGGAUAAUGGAGAGUUUCUUUGUAGAGAAAGUAUGCUGAGCUCUAAGAAAGGGGCAGAGAAUGAUGUAACUGAUGGUUCAGUUUCAGUGAGUUAUGGAACUUGUACUUCUGUCAGCCCAGUUGAUGCUUGUGAUAUGACAAGGUAUGUAUCUGGCAGCUCACUACCUUCGGAUGGCCACAACUCCUCAUCAGCACCUGAUGGUUGUACAUAUCUGCAACAUUUUCCAUCACAUCUUGAUGAGAGCAGACUUGUUCUAAAUAAGGGUUUUGAUGCAAAGAUGGAAUAUUCACAAGCUGUGGUGCAGAGUAAACAUAAAUUGGACGUUUCAAGUAAUUUAGUCUCACAGAGUGAAGAUGAACAAAGACGCUCGCUCAAGCUCAUUCAUUCAGAUUCAUCACAUGUUCAUGUAAUUGAGAGGAAAGUACUCUCAGAAUCAGACUUCCGUUUUGAUGAGAAAUCAGACGUUUGCAUGGAUAGCAAUCCUCAUGUAUGUGAUGAAGAUGGGAUCAGCCAUUUUGUUAGUGAUGGUUGUCAUUCCUUUUUAGGUGCCAUAACUUUAGACCAGCUUGAUGACGAUGUCCUCUACCACAUUGCACGUUUCUUGGAGGCUCGUGUGCUGAGGUUUGCCCUGAGCCUCGUCUGCCGGAGAUUUUAUGCCAUGUUUGCCAAUGAAACCUACUGGAGGACACGGAUAACCGUCAAGUGGCCGAAACCAUAUCCAGCUGUAUCUUGCCUCACAGAUUUUAACUGGGUAGAUGCUUAUGUGGAGAGAGAGGACAACUACAGAGUGUGGAAGGAUGCUGCUGGUCACAAGCAUCAUUUCAAGUAUUCAUAUAAUCUGUUUGGAGGAGUAGAUGCUGUGCAUCUUAUGAAGGAUGGCCAGUUGGUUGUGUGUGGGGACCGUAGCCGUACCUUGAACUUGAUUGAUUUCUCAAAGUACUCGGGACCUGAUAGUGAUGAGGUACAGAUGCAAGACAUGUUGUGUCACACUGACAGAGUGGUGCAUCAGGGCUGGAUUUGGAGCAUAGCUUCGGCAGGAAACAACAUUGUGACUGGAUCAUGGGACACUUAUGUCAGAAUGUUUGAUGUGGAAGCAGGAUGCCAGCUGGCUUCAAACUUUAAAUGUCACUCUUCAGUGUUGAGCCUGUAUGCAGAAAAUAAUGAAACUAUUGCCAGUUGCUCGGACAGAAAGGUGUACUUUUUUGACCAUCGCACUUCAGCUGCCCGAUCGGAGACUUUCCACACACAGCCGGUACUUUGUGUUGCUGGGAAUGACAAUUUUGUCAUAUCAGGAAGUGAGGACAAGUCUGUUUCUGUAUUUGACCGUCGAGCUGGCAAGAUUUUCAUCAUGUUCAAGCUGAAAAACUACCCCCUGUGUAUGAGCUACACUGAGAACCAACUGUGGUUCGGUGACAGGACAGGGACUUUGCAUCUGCAUGAUGGUACAGACGGCUUGUUUCAACAUGUUGGUUCCUAUGACAUUGGCCAUACUGAGAAAAUGACUGGAGUUGUGAGUACCCGUGGUGCCAUCUAUACAUGCUCGGGUGACAGAUCCAUCAAAGUGCUGCAUCCGACCACAGACCCGGAUAUAAUCACCACACUGGCUGUGCAUGAUAAAGAAAUUGCCAAGAUUGACUACAACAAUGGUGUCUUGGUAAGUGCAGGGGGAGAUGACUGCAUCGGUGUGUGGCUGCCAAAGCACUGGGGCUCUGACACAUAUUUGAUUUGA